GAAAACAGUUCCUAGUGUUUACAUUUUCCCGUGUGAUUUUAAAUGUUGAGCUUUUGUCGAAGUGGAUUCUCCACGUGCUAAGGUUAAUGGGUGAAAGGUCAGUAGUAGUCUGGUUCUUUGGGGGCGUGUAAUGACGUGGGCAUGACGGCCGGGUCUGGUCUUGUCACAGCAUGCGUGUAGUCUCAUUUACUUUGGUUGCCUCCAUUGAGUUUAACCGGUGUAACUAUAUAGUGGACGUGUUGUAGUUCUCUUCUGCAACAGCCAUUUGAAUUUAUUGUCCGUGUUUUACCUUGGUUGACCUAUCGGCUGUGCCCUUGAAACACAAGGCUCCUUUACCAAACAUACACGUAGAGGUGACGGUCACACCACAAGACAAGGAGUAGGCGACAUACAGAGAUCUCUUUCGGUGACAGUUGCUUGCAGUAGCUUACGUAGCACCGGGCAGCUGACUGGGAAAACUACGCCGCUGUAUUUUUUUUCCACGGUGGCUGCGUCAAGAGAAUUAGACCGAAAGGGGACAUUGCUCAGUGUGGACUACAGAGUCGACCACCAUUCUUGAAUUGUUUGAAGAUUUUCCCCCGCCUGCAACACUGAAGUUCUCGUGGAACAGGCUUUCACAUGAUGUACACUAGAGGUUUUACUAGAGGUCCCAGUAAACUUGUUACACAACGCAGGACAGGUCCCACGCAGCAAAUUGAGAACAAAACCAACGACUUGAAACUGACUUCCUGGCUAUCAUCAAACUCUUCAGCUCCAAAAAUAGUGUUCAAUCGCCCGAACGGGAAGGGGUAUCAUACAGUGGCCAUACAGAAGGAAGAGCCACCAUCCGAAGGAUUCACCCCUGCCCAUGAGGAGAACGUCCGAUUUGUGUAUGAAGCAUGGCAGGAGGUGGAGCAGCGGUUGGCCGGAGACGGACGGGUCGGUGACGAGCCGUGCGGACAGGCGCCGGUCCAGUACACAGAGAAGACCUCCAGUACCACAAUGAAGAACUUUGUCCCCAUAGACCUGGAGGAGUGGUGGGCCCAGCGCUUCCUGGCCAACAUCAAUAACCUGUCGUGACGAGGAUUAGAUAUGAGAGGUGCCGAGUGGCAGGAAGCCACAUGGGCCGAGCUGUGAGUGGAAGAGGAGGCGCAGGAGGUGGCUGAAGGAGAGGACAUUCUGGUUCUGCAGGUGCUUCAUCUGUGGUCUUUGUUUUGGUUUCAAAGGAAUAGCCAUAGGCACUGUGAUAUUACACAAACUGCUGCCCCUUGAACAGUCUUGAAGCUACGAACUUUGACCUUUUAGAAUGGAAAGCUCUACCACCGGUUACCUUCUGCCUGAUUGGCCAACCAGAAACUGCCUCUUCCUGAUUGGCUCAUCAAGAAACAAUGAGUGAAGAGGAUGAGAUUAUUCUUCUGCUUGUU